UAUGAUAUCAUAACUGAUAUCAGAACUUAGCACUAUAAAACUGCAUAUUCUAAAAUAUUUGGUCAAAGUCUAUUACGAUGAGGAAAGCGACAACCAACCAGCUAAGAAUUACAAAGAAUAUAAUAAUAUUAUAUGAGAAUAUUAUAACCUGUAUUACAAAUCAUAAAGACCUUAAAUAAUUCUGUAGAAGAGAAAGAAGAUUAAAUAUGAUAUCAUAACUGAUAUCAGAACUUAGCACCAUAAAACUGCAUACCCUAAAAGCGUAUUCGAUCAAAGUCUAUUACGAUGACGAUUACAAAGAACGCGAUCUACGUCGAAAGGACGUCAAAAGAACGAUGGCGCAAGGUUCUCUAAAACGAAGACACACACAGUUGCGCGAAGCUGAAAACCGACGGUCCAAGAGAACCGUCCGCUGAGAGACUCCGAGCCACGGAAACGGUGCUCGACGUAGUCGUCUACGUCUCGACGUGCGCGUCGCUGGCGUACACGCACCGUUCCCGAAAUAGCGGCUAAUCCCCGCUACCCCGUCGCCUUCUAUGACGCCUUUUCGGGUCGGGCUUAGUUGCCACCUCUCGAGGGGAGCUGGCGCAACCCAGUCGUAGGCAACACGAUAAACCAACGACAUGUGUGCCAAUCAACCGCGGACCGAGAUCAGGGGAAACGCGUGUGCCCUGACGGAGGAUCUUCCUGGAAACUUCGCCGGUGCCCGCGGAUAGAUCAUCCUCGGAACGAUGACCUGAUUCCUCAAGAAGACUGACCAUCCCUCUCUCUCUCUUCCUCUCUCUCUCUUUCUCUCUCUCUCUCUCUCUCUCUCUCUCUCUCUUCCUAUCUCUUCCUAUCUCUGUCUUUCAUCCGGUCUUUUUCACCGUCUCCAUACCAAGAAGACUGACGUCUCGAAGACAUCGAGAGGAUACCUGUGGACACACUUGGAUCUAAGACUCUUCAAGAUCUCUCGAAGAUUCUAAAACAACGUCGUCGAAUUUCCGAAGAUCGACGGGAACGUAGAAGAACGGAACGGGAAUUAGGAUCCUCGGCAACGUGCAUUUAACCUUAGACUGGUUUACUAUAUAGAUCGUAAUGAUCAAGGUGGUCGAUACCGACGCGAGGGUAUCAUCUGGUUCCAGGCAUAUUCGGCGCCGUCGUCGCCGCGCGUUGCUCCGGAUUUAUGCGCGUGCUAAUUAUACCGCGGCCCGACGCGCGCCGUUUGUCACCGAAAACCGGUAACCGAUCCGCGGAAACCGCUGCCGCUGCGGAAUCAACGUAAAUAUUAUUUGGCGAACGGUGUCCGACGAUCGGUUCGCCGAGCCGCCGCAUUUUUAUUUAUUCGGCAGAAAGUGGUUUUUGUCGCGGCAAGUGUUUUACCAUUUUUUGUUUCUCCCGACGGCGACACGACGACGGUGCCGAGAAAAAGAAAGAGAGAGAGAGCCGAGCGCGGUCGAUCACUGUGGCCGUUCUGAAAAUAGAUCGCGGAGACGCAAUAUCGCGCCGAAUCGCCGACUUUCCGCGAACAACCGUGCAACGUGGCCGCGGAUUUGUGAAAGAGACCGUCCGAAAAUAAUAUCGCCCCGCGGAACUAGUCCGCGAUAAGACCCCGCCGGGAGAUUCGAAAGUUUGGCCGCCGUGGGACAGAAAUCGCGCCGGUUUAUUGCGAUCGAUCCGUGGACGAAAGAAAUUCCAUCCGCGUGUGCUUCUUCGUGUAAUCGCAGGUCCGAGUGCCGCGCGUCCCACGAUCGUUAAUCAGAGAUAAAAAUUCCUGGCCGAUUCGGGAUCCGUGAUUUAUGCCGUUCAGCCGGUGCCAUUCCUCGGGAAGCGACACCGAUGACUCGCGGAUUCGAUCGAUGGUGCAACAGAUACUGACGCAAGAAAACUGUACGAUCAGGGUUUCCCUGGUGUGGAAACGCGCGCGGAUCUUGUGUCGGCGGUCUUGUGAAACGAGGAUUCAUAAACAAGAUGUCCACCACCGGUCGCGAUUUUUCUUCUUCUUCUGAAGCGUAAUAUCUGUGCCCGGUGAAAGAUUGUGAAACGAUCUUCCGCGGAUAACGUCUGAUCGUUUUCACUCGAGGAUUGUUUCGAGUACUGUGGUCCUCGGGAACCGUUGCCGUUGCUCGCAUAGACGAGAUCAAAUUUGAUAUGCGAGACAGAUAAAUGUCGCAACUGUCUCACCGUGAGAAACGAGAAGUGUACACGAGGAUCUUGGAAGAUCUAUUUAAAGCCACGCCGUAUUGAGAAAUAUAUACCUGCCGAAAGAAUGUAUUUCUAGCUUCCUGAAGAUCGUAGAUCGAUGUACGAGGGUGUAAUAACACAAGUCGCUGGACAAAAGACGAGUUCGGGAUUUAACCCGACGGUGACAUUCUGCCAAGAUAUCGUAGCAUUGUUCUGCGGUUUGUAGAUCUUUACGUAGCGAGGAUAAGCUCUCGUAAUCGAGAGACGUCGAAAGACUGUAGACGACAGCUAUGAACGAUUGUUAAGACGAAUUCUAUUUCUACCGUGAAUUCUUCCGCGAGACACGUGCCAGAAUUCGCGAAGAAAUAAAACGAGGACCAAAUAAAUGUUAUUGUUUCGAAGACAUCGUCGAGACAAAAUCGUCACGUAGCACUUCGUCUGCGAUUCGUCCCCUCGAGGAGCAACGAUCGAAGGCAGAACAGCGAUAAAUUGUUAAGAGACGAAAGUCGAAAGGAUCGACGAACCUUUUCUAUUCGGAGACACUGGCUGCAUCUUGGAGCAGGCAUCGGGCGAGCGUCUUCGUGUACCGUCGCUCGCUGGAGAGAUCGAUCAGGCAAGAUCCUCGGAUAAGCAGCUUACAGAAGCAACCCAGAGAAAGGUUUCCGAGUGUUCGAAGCCGCGGAGGUCGAAUCGAUGAUCAAGGUAUCCCCGUCGCCGGGUGUAGAGUUCGCGGCGCGAGCAGGGAAGCGUUUCCGGCGGCAUGCGUGCUCGCGUGGCGGCCGCUUGAACGGCCGUGUCGAUGAUGUUUUGCGGUGGGUAACGGCCUGGAGGAGACUGAAGAAGCACCGGCGACAUGUACGGCCGUCAGGGCGAGCCUGGUAACACGCAACCGCCGCCGUGGUUGGUGCGUGCGGAGGUCACGAUCCGACACAGCACGCCGACGACCUCGGAGUCAGGCGAGACGCCUCCGGUGACGGUGUCCUCGAGCGUCACGGACUCCGGCGGUGUUCGCAUGGUGUACCGAUGGAGCACCAGUCAGUCGCCUCCAUCGUCCGUGGUGGCUGCUUCCACGUCGUCGCAAUCGGUCCCAUCGGCGUCCUCCAGCUCCUUCGGCUUCCAGAGAGGAAACAUCCUCUUCACCUCGACGCCCCCGCCCAGGCCGAGUCCGAGUGGUUUCUACACGAUUCCAAGGUCAGGAUCUUCCGGUAACGAGGAAUCUUCCUCCUCCAGAGGAAGAGGAGUGCCGGACUCGGGGUACAACAGCGAACAGUACUCCCCGCAGACCUACUCUAGCCUGCCGACUCGUCGACCCUCGCAACAGUACAACCGAAGAUGCAAAAGCACCUGCAGCAUCGUUCUGUCUGCUGUCGACGUCGCCGAUGGAUCCGCGAAGGAGACCUCCAGCAAGAUCGCAACCAGCGAGUCCGCUAAACAUUCGUACGAUCACUCCUGGAGACAUCAUUCUAGCCAGCACGUGUUCUCCAGACAGUUCACCACGGUGCCGGAAGUGGAGGAAGAGGAGAGUGCCAGCGGUACGACGACCGCUCAGUUGAGCAGGGAUAAUAAGGUUGCCACUCGGACGAUCGCUGUUAGCAAGGACGCCGCGUCGCAGACCACGGAUAUAGAAUGCAAGGAGUCAUCGUCGACGGUGUUCGGCAAGAGCAAGGUCAGGAGGAAGGCGGCCACUGGACUGCUUCCGUUCGACGAGCAGAAGAAGAAGAAGCAAGAGAGCGAAUCGCCGAGCGCAGCCUCCGAGACCGCAAGCCUUGGACCAUCCGCGGAUUCGGAGAAGUCGGACUCGUCGGCGAAGGACGACAGCUCCAGACGAAAAUCUCGCACCGUUCACAUCGACGUCUACUGCACCGGCACCGAGGACGACGACAACUCCGAGACGUCGGACAAUGAGCGAGACACGCCGUCGACCGUCUUCGAGAACCCUGACGUGAGAGUGACGCACACUCAGGUACCGAGCACGGUGCUGCCUAGGGGAUUUCAGGACGAGAAGGCGUUCCUGAAGCGAGCAACGGAACGAAAAUGCGACAGUUUCAAGCACGCGCCUAUGAGGAUGCCUUCGAUAGCUAGUUCGAAGGGUUACGACAGCGACGACAUGCUCAGCUCGCUGUACCCUUCUCAGUUCAGCUCUUACAGCGCGUUGAGGGACCUCGACUCUGUACCCUGGUCGGCGGAUUCUUCGAACGUCGGGUUCCCUUUUGAGUAUGACUCUGCCGCGGCCACCAGUUGCAAGGACACCUUCUCGGACAUAGAGUCGUUGGUUGCCUCAAGAUCAGGCCUGACGCCCUGCGACAGCUUUGAAUAUGCUAGCUCCAGCGAUCGGGAGAGGAUCCGCCGCAUGGAAGAGACCUGGGCUAAAUCUGAGGAGAAACGCAGAGCUAUAGCUUCCCAGAAGUAUCUGUCGCAGGGCAAGAAGAUGAAAGACUACAUGGAGAAGCACGAAGCUGGGUGGUCCUCGGCCGACAGUGGAGAAGAGUCCGACGAGAGUGGUACGGUUGGAUGGAGCUUUGUUUCCAGCGAGGAGAGCCAGAAGAUGGUGAAGAUGGCUACUAAUACUAGAAGAAAUAGUAAAGAGGUCGUAGGAAGCAGUAUCGCGCCUACUGCGAAGGAGGAUGAACCUUCUCGCAAACAGUCGCAGCAGGAUCUGUCUGAUUCCACCACCAGAAGCGAUAGCAUUCCGCAGCCUCAUAGUUUGCGCGAUCAAGUCAGAACCUUCGAGUCCAAGAGCCCUUCCCCGCUUCCAUCGAAGAUGCCCUCGAGGGUCACGUCCCCUUUCAUGACUCCUCAGGGUGAAAGGACCGAUCAUAUUAUCAAAGCUUCUAUAUUUGGAAGAGUUGUGAAUGCCUUCCGCAAGCCUGGACAUCACAUCGGACCCUCCAAGAACCCCAACUGCUCCUGCGACCACUGUAGAAGAUACUUUGAGGAGCUGAACUCAAGGGACCGGUCUGGGUCCAUCAGCGAAUUCGAACGACAAACCGGCUUUCGGUUGCAGAACGAGAAGAAAAUUGUUCGAUCGAUACCCAAGAACUGUGGAUCGUGAGAGGCUGCAAUCUCACUGACGUGUUUUCAUCACUGUUCUUCUGUUUAAUUGCUCUGUCCAAUGUUUCAAUGUUCAGUCGAUGCUUUCCUCCAGUAUGUUUAAUUCUUAAGAGAGACUUAAAAAUUAUAUUUCUCGAAAACUGAUGGAGUGAAACGAUAUUAAUUACCGUAACAUAAAAUUAAAAUACAUGUUGGGCAGUGUUAUACGUAUACUUCUGCGAAAAUAAAAUUUCCUAAGAAGAUUAGGAUUAUGUAAGGUCGUGUUGCAAGCGUGUGUUUAAAUGAUAUUUAUUGAUUACUAUAUGAUAUUCCAUACGCAUAGUCCUUUUUGUAAGUUAUAACUGUUACAAAGAUUUUGCCAGAACAUUCUGCUGAGUAUCAAGCAUUUAUGUAAGCCUACUGGUACAUACGAUUGUCUACGUUAUUCAUGCUGUUAAUAAAUAUUGGUUAUAUUAGUAA